AUGGUGCUGGGCUCGACGUACAAGCUCGUCGACCCCAAGUUUGUUCCUCCGACGAAUGAGGAAGAGGCGCCGACUGAAGGAAUCUACAUCAGCAUCGGCCAGGCGCUGAGAGCAGGGGAAGGAACCAUUGUAAUCAUGCCGGGAGUGUACGAAGAGACUCUCAUGCUCACUGACGGCCAUCGGCUGCUGAGCCUUAUGAGCGCGAAGGAGGUGCUGGAGGGAGAAGAAGACCUUCCUGUAGUGAAUGAGGAGGAGACGCAGCAGGUUGUCAUCUGCGGUAUGAGCUUCCAUACCAUCUCGAUCUUUGGGGGGGCGGAGGUGACAGGGGUGACGGUGAGGCAGCGGGGCCCGGGCUCAUGGUUUGCCGUCCUCUGCUGCUCGGGAGCUUCGAAGCUGGAGAGAUGCGACAUCGAUGGCGCGACCAACUCGUGUGUCGGCAUCGUGGGAGACGCGAGCCCAACGCUGAGCGAGUGUAGGAUCCAUGGUAGCUUCACUGCUUGCGGAGUGUGUGCCUUCGAUGGGGGGCAGGGGACGCUGAGCAAGUGCUCGAUCUACUGGAACGCUCUGUCGGGGGUGGAGGUAGCAGGGGAGGGGACGGAGUUGAGGCUGGAGGAGAACGAGAUCAAGUCGAACAGGAGGGACGGGGUUCUGGUUCUUGCUUCGGCGAGCUGCAAGCUAGUAGACAACAAGAUCCUGCGCAACUUUCACAGUGGGGUAGAAGUGAGGGAGGGAGGAACAGUAGAAGCAAGCGGGAACCAAGUGAAGUGGAACAACUACGGCGUGUUGGUGUGCAAGCAGGGCAAGUGCAAGCUUGAGAACAACGAAAUCUUUGGGAACUUUGUGACAGGGGUGGAGAUCUCGGAGUGCGGAGAGGAGGAGGAGGGAGGAGGAGGAGGAGUCCCAGAGCUGAUCACCAACAACAUCAGCUGCAACCUGGAGGCCGGGCUGAAGAUCUGGUACAAGGGAGGCGCAAAGUUGGAGAAGAACACGUUGAACUGCAACAUGGAGGAAGUCAAGAUCUCCCCAAGGUCGAAGAAGCGGAGCGACAUGGGGGAGAUGGCGGAAGAUCAGCCGCGCUAUGGUGUGAUCUCGUCGGGGUUCGGAUCCAACGUCGUGCGCGAACUCAAGACGGUCCUUCACCCUCCUCCUCCUCGAGAGGAAGACCCGACGCUGGGAGUGGAGGGAGAGGAGGAGAGCGAGUAG